AAAGAAAAGAUGAAAAAGCCCAUUCUGCAAUUAUCUUUCUUCUUCUCUCUCUAGAAUAACUCCGUUAGAACCGGUCUAUCUCUCUAUAUCUAUAUCUAUAACUUUCUCUCUCUCCACUGAACAAUUCCCUCCUUUUCAUUUUCAUCUUUAUUUCUAUAUAUAUAUAUCUCUCUCUUUCUCACCCUCUAGGGUUUUUUUUUUUUUUUGAUUUGGAUUUUCCAAUCUUCUUGCCCCCCAAAUCAAAAUCAAGUUCAGGUUUCUCUAUCUAUGACUUCGACUUCUGUGAAGAAUAACUUGUUGCCUCCGGGGUUGGUCUCCAAUCUCCAACAGGUCCUUCUCAGCAGGAAGGUUGGUGAAGGAGACCAAUCCAAGGAACCUGCUGCUGAUUCCACACAACCCUCAUCUUCUAUUGCACCCCCUGCUGAUGCUGAUUCUGUUGAUGCCGAUGUUGAUAGUUCCAAGCCAAUUGUUUUGGUCACCAAUGGUGAUGGGAUUGAUGCCCCUGGCCUUACUUGCCUCGUUGAAGCUCUUGUUUCUCAAGGUCUUUACAGUGUCCAUGUCUGCGCUCCUCAAUCGGACAAAUCAGUGUCUGGUCAUUCUGUGACUCUUCGAGAAACGGUCACUGUGAAUUCGGCGGAAAUUAAUGGUGCCAUAGCUUAUGAAGUUUCAGGGACCCCUGCGGAUUGUGUUUCGUUAGCAUUGUCAGGGGCACUGUUUUCUUGGUCGAAGCCUCUAUUGGUUAUUAGUGGUAUUAACCGAGGAUCAAGCUGUGGCCAUCACAAGUUUUACUCUGGUGUUGUUGCGGGAGCUCGGGAAGCUAUGAUAUGUGGUGUACCAUCUUUGUCAGUAUCCCUGCAUUGGAAGAAGGAUGAAAGUGAAGAAAGUCAUUUUAAAGAUGCUGUUGCUGUUUGUUUACCUUUGAUAAAUGCAGCUGUUAGGGAUAUUGAAAAAGGGGUUUUUCCAAAAAACUGUUCUCUGAACAUUGAAAUUCCAACUUUGCCUUUGUCAAACAAGGGUUUCAAAUUGACCAAGCAAAGUACAUGGCGAUCGACUCCCAACUGGCAAGCUGUUUCAACUAAUAGGUACCCUGCAGGACAUUUUAUGUCUAAUCAACAAAGCCUUGGGAUUCAGCUUGCACAGCUUGGUCGGGAUGCCUCAGCUGCAGGGGCUGCUCGCCGGUUGGCAACACAAAAGAAGAAUGUGGAGAUUGAGUCCACUGGUGCUGCACGUAAAACAGAGUCUCAGCGGGUCAAAAAGUUUUUUAGGCUAGAGUUCCUUGACAAGGAGCAGAAUGACAUGGAUGAGGAACUGGAUUUCAGAGCAGUUGAAAGCGGAUUUGUUUCAAUAACUCCUCUCUCUCCUUCUCCAAAUAUCGAGUUGGAAAUUCACACAGCUGCCUCGGAUUGGAUUUCUUCAGCUCUGCUUCAGCAAGAGCAAUAAGUGGUUCCCAGUUGGAAUGAGUUUUGUGUACAUUUGGAGUUCUGACAUUCUUUUUUCGUUUCAUUUCUUUUCUUUCUUACUAUUAUUAAGGUCUCAUUUCUAGUCUCUGAUUAAGACUAAGAAGUUGAUUAUGGUUUCCACAUUUUUACUUUCCUUCUAGAGAUGUCCUUUUCUCCCCUUUUUUAAAAUUAAAUUUAGAGUCUUGGAGGUUGGUUGUGUCCAUUGUUUCAGUUGGUUAACCCUCUUAUAUGGUGGAGCAAAUGCUUCCUGUAAUUUUAUUUGGCAUCGUGUUUUAGUAGUGCCAGUUUGUUUUGUUGUUACUAGCAAAACUGCUUGUAAUGUAAUGGAACCGUUUCCAAUCUUAAUUUAAUAUAGUAACACUGGGUUUGUGUA